AGGAAUCUUCAACGAAAUGAUUGUUUAAACGAUUAGGAUGGCAUCGACAAUAGCAGCAUCCUAUGUGGAGGGUCAGUUUUCUGAUGCAGAGGAGGAUAAAGUUCAAGUGAAAGCGACGGCAAAAAAUGACGAUCAGCAGCCACCAUCCGAGAUCGCUAAUGGAUCUGUCAGGAACAUUCAGCUAAAUGACGACGAGGAGUAUAUGGAUGACCUUUUGGAAGACGACGAGGACGAGGACUUUGACGAUGAGGAAUUUGAUCUCAACUAUGAUGAUCAAUGGUUCAGUGCUGGUGGAGACUUUACAAAGCAGUAUAAUCGUAUGAGGGUCCAGAUUGACGCCGCAGGAUCGGUAUCGGCCGAUUCAUCUGUCAAGGCGGGGGCCGGAGAGUCAGGGCCUCGACCAACGGGAAUGAAGGGCCAGGUGGUGGCUGCUUCCCGGGCUGCUGCAAAAGCAGCGCGAGUGUCAAAGGAGGCCUCUACUGUUGAAGAUGCUUUUAGCGCGAAAUUUGCUGGAAGAAUUCGGUUGGGUAGGCAUUGGAAUCUGCGGACAAUAGCAUGCGGAUAGGUAGCAAAAAGGCAGAAGGCGACACACACCAUCACAAAGACAAGUCCGAUCGGGCUACCGUAGAGCAAGUCCUCGAUCCCCGUACACGGAUUAUCCUAUUCAAAAUGCUAAAUCGCAAUAUCAUAUACGAGAUAAACGGAUGUGUUAGUACCGGGAAAGAAGCCAACGUCUAUCAUGCUACGACCGAGAGCGAAGAGCAUCGAGCCAUCAAAGUGUACAAAACAUCGAUUUUGACUUUCAAGGAUCGUGAUCGAUAUGUCUCUGGCGAGUAUCGCUUUCGGCAUGGAUACAGUAAAAGCAAUCCGAGGAAGAUGGUGAAGGUUUGGGCGGAAAAAGAGAUGCGGAAUUUGAAGCGAUUGCAUGCCGCGGGCAUUCCCUGCCCCGAACCAUUACUGUUGCGAAUGCAUGUGCUUCUGAUGACAUUUAUUGGUGAUAAAAAUGGAUGGGCUGCACCACGUUUGAAAGAUGCAGUGAUAACGGAUCCGGAUGUUUAUCGGUCGGUGUAUCUGCAACUGGUCAAAAUGAUGUGGAUCAUGUACCACAAGUGUAAAUUGGUGCAUGGUGAUCUUUCCGAGUACAAUUUGCUAUAUCAAAAAAAGAUUCUUUACGUUAUUGACGUGUCGCAGUCUGUAGAGCAUGACCACCCUCACGCAUUGGAGUUCCUGCGAAAGGAUUGUACAAAUGUGGUUGAAUACUUUCGACGACGACUUCCCGAACAAAUUAUGACUGUCAGAGAAUUGUUUGAUUUUGUUGUGACUGACAUCGACGGGAUACGGCGAGUUUUGAAGGACGAACAGGAGCAAAAUAUCGAAUCAGCUGGAAGCGAAGGGGCAGGCAGUGAUGAAAACGGUGCACUGGAUCCUGACUAUCCAGUGAUUGAACAAUACUUGGCAAAGGUCCAUGCGCGGGUGGCGGAACGUCCUGCAACCUAUCUUGAUGAUGCCACCAUCCAAGUGGACGAGGAAGUUUUCAAACAACUCUAUAUACCUCGAACAUUAGAUGAUGUACCGGAUGUUGAGCGGGACGUGGAGAAGUUACGAGCUGGACAGGGUGCGGAUCUCUUGUAUCGGCAAGUAAUCGGGUUGACAUUGCCAACACCAGCAAGUGGUGUUUCGACACCAACCGACACCGAGCAGGGCCCAAAUCCGGAGGGUCGGAGCGAAGGGGACAAUGGUGAUGGCAGGGAGGAGCACUUGACCGAUAAUGAGGAAAACAGCACAGACGAAGAGGACGCCGAAGGCAGCGAGCAGGACGAGGGGGAUGGUAGCGAUGGCGAUGGUAGCGAUUUCGGGACACGAAAGGUGAUGAAGAAGGAUGAGGAUAAAGAGUCCAAAAAGGAGCGCAAAAAGGCAACAAAAGAGGCGCAGCGGGAGAAGCGCAAGAUGAAAAUACCGAAAGCUGUCAAAAAAAGGAAGGAGAAAGUAGCAGCGACUCGGAAAGGUAAAAAAUGAGGGUGAUAGGAUGUUCAUGCAUAGAGUCCCUAGGUAGCUUCUCUUGUACAUUUUCUGAGAUUUGGUAGAUAGCGUUACCCAUUCUUCAUUCUAUUUCACAUCGCACGUAGAUUUAUAUACACUGGCCUGAACUCAACAGAUAUUAUACUGAUUUUACCGGGCGAUUCGCCACAUAGCCGAAUCGCUCCAUGUCUUUCGUGC